ACUAAAACAAAAACAUGUGCUGUCAAAUACAAUUGUUGUUUUCGGUUGAUUUUCACGGCACCGCUAACAAUAAACUAAACAUGUUAGUUUUAUCCAAAUGAGUCGGCGCUAACGGCAUCGAUCCACCAGUCUGUCCGUCGCAUAGAGCAAAGCUAUUUGCUAAUACUUUUGUAAUAACAGAUAAAAGUGGUUAAAAGUUCAUUUCGAUAAUUAAACAUUCACGUUGCAACUGUCAACGGAGAUUGACACAAUUCCGAAGUAAGUCCAAUCCAGACCUAAGUGACGAGCUAUGCGUACAAACGGAAAUUGAACUCACAACCAACACUGUAUUGACUCAACUACCUCAAGGAACCCAUCAUUAUAUAUAUUAAUAACAGACAUAUCAGACAAAAUGUCCCAAUGCGAGUUAGAAAUUGACAUAGACAAACCAAGAUACGACCAGGACACAUAUUUGGGAAGGGCCAAGCAUUUCUUUCUCAUCACAAAUCCUCUCAAUUUAUUCGUCAGUGCGAAAAAAUUGGAAGAAGCCAAGUGUAUAGUCGAAAAAUACAGAUGCGGCUUACGAUUCAAAGAAGAACUAACUCCAGAGCAGCUAUGGAGAGCCAAAACCCUCUACGAUUCCGCAUAUCAUCCGGAUACGGGUGAAAAAAUGAACAUAAUCGGUCGGAUGUCUGCCCAGGUGCCGAUGAACAUGCUCAUCUGUGGUGGUAUGAUGGCCUUUUACAAAACAACACCGGCCGUUGUCUUCUGGCAAUGGUUUAACCAGUCGUUUAACGCGUUGGUGAACUACACCAACCGCAGUGGAGACACCCAACAAAGCACCAAGCAAAUUAUGACCUCUUAUGUGUUUGCGACCACUGGUGCAGUUGGCACAGCUCUUUACUUGAACAAACUGGUGAAGUGCAUGAACCCUUUGAUUGGGAGAUUCGUCCCCUUAGCUGCUGUGGCAGCCUCCAAUUGCAUCAACAUUCCAAUGAUGCGUGCACAAGAGUUGAAAUCGGGUACUCCGGUUUACGACGAAUACAACAAUAAGCUGGGAUAUUCCAGAGUGGCGGCACAAAGUGGCAUUAGUCAAGUAAUUGUCAGCAGAAUAUGCAUGGCAAUGCCUGGAAUGGUUAUAACUCCAAUAGUCAUGGAUUAUUUGGAGAAACGUGGAACACUUUGUAGAUACCCUUGGAUUAAUCUUCCGGCUACCGUUGGUGUCCUUGGUCUUUGCUUAACAUUUGCCACACCUCUAGCCUGUGCUUUCUUUAAGCAACGUGCCACCUUCCCAUACAAUCACCUUGAGGAAGAUUUAAGGACGAGUCUACAGAAGAGAUAUAAAUGUAACACCCCAAUGUAUGUUUAUUACUACCCCCGUCACCACCCGUAUUUGAUUUGAAUAAGAAGCCAAGAACGUGUACAUACCUUCAAAGUAUUUUUUACAUAAUUUUAAUUCCUUUGUAUUUGCUAAUUAUAAGAAUUGUGAUAUAACUUGUAUCUUUUAUGUGU